GACCGCCUCCGAAAAAUGAUGUCUUGGAAUAAUGAGCGUUUCUUGACGCACGGACGCCACAUUCCGUUUCUGCUGGGCCUCCAGGUCGUCUUCAUCAUCCUGUUUGGUGUCUUUGUCGAGUACGACCCGAUGGCGCACAGUGCCAGGGCGUUUGACGCCAACGCCACCACCAACGAGGGAAACAAUCUCGGCCACUACUACCCCAUGUUCCAGGAUGUCCACGUCAUGAUGUUCAUCGGUUUCGGCUUCUUGAUGACCUUUUUGAAGAAGUACGGCUACAGCGCAGUGGCUGUUAAUUUCUUAAUUGCCGCCAUCGUCCUCCAAUGGGCCACCCUCUGCCAAGGCUUUUACCACACUUUCGACGGACAGAAGAUUUACGUCUCCAUAACUAGUUUGUUGAACGCCGAUUUCGCUUCGGCCACCGUUUUGAUUUCGUUCGGCGCCGUUAUCGGCGUCACGACGCCGCUCCAGCUGGCCGUCAUGGCCGUUUGCGAGAUCGCCAUUUUCGCUAGCAACGAACAUCUGGGAUUAGAAGUUUUGAGGAUUUCAGAUGUUGGGGCGUCGAUGCUGGUCCACGUCUUUGGCGCCUAUUUUGGCCUGGCCGUCAGUUGCGUCUUGAGGAGGGACGUCUCCUCGGAGAAGGAAGGCGCCAAUUACAAUUCGGAUAUUUUCGCCAUGAUUGGAACUAUUUUCUUGUGGCUGUUCUGGCCCAGCUUCAACUCCGGAUUGGCCGAAGGUGACGCCCAGCACCGGGCCGUCAUCAACACUUAUUACUCGUUGGCCGCCUGUUGCGUGACGGCCUUCGCCGUUUCCGCUUUAGUCAGCAAAGAGCAAAAAUUUGACAUGGUUCACAUUCAAAAUUCAACUCUGGCUGGAGGCGUGGCCAUCGGUACCUCGGCCGACAUGAUGAUCCACCCAUUUGGUGCCAUGAUUGUCGGUAGCAUCGCCGGCACGGUAUCCGUUCUGGGUUAUCGAUACCUUACGCCGGUGAUCAACAAGAAACUUGGCAUUCACGACACUUGCGGCGUCCACAAUUUGCACGGGAUGCCGGGCGUGAUCGCCGGAAUAGUCGGGGCCAUCACGGCCUCUGUUGCCACCCAAGAGGAAUACGGUUACAGUUUGUACCGGCAAUUCUCUGCCCGGGCACCUCUGCCCGGCACCCCCGAAUUAAUUGAAUUGGAGCAUCACGUCGGACACCUUCACCCGGGACUGGGCCGUUCGGCUUCCAUGCAAGGAGGCUACCAAAUAGCCACCCUCUUUGUGACGAUGGCCGUAGCCAUUAGUGGCGGACUCGUGACAGGGUUUAUUUUACGCUUACCAAUAUUUGGCAAGGUGCCUAGGGAUCACUUGUUCGACGACGAGUUAUCAUGGGAAGUGCCCGAGGCUGAUCAUCAUCAGAACCGCACGGCGUCGUCGACGCCGACGGUUCACCGCGCCAAAAGUUUAGGAGAGACCCCCCUUUGAAUGCCGCUCCAAAAA